UUUUUCUUCACAUAAUUUUUUAAUUUUAUCUUUUCAAACUCUCACUUUUUUUCUAGCAUCAUUAUAAUGAACAACAACGAAAACUUUAGCCACGGAUACGGCGACUACAGCCAGCAGCCGCCCCAGCAGCAGUUCCAGGACUACAACCAGCAACAGCAGUUCCAAGACUACAGCCAGCAGCCGCCUCAGCAGCAGCAGCAAGUCUUCGGCGGUCGCCCCGACGAGUUUAACCACCCGCUCCAGUAUGGCCGCCAGUCAUCGCAGUAUGGCAACGAGUACCCCGCUGAAAAGCAAAACUAUAACUACAACGAAGACCAGGGCGAAAACGAGGAGGGCGAGCGCGGCAUCAAGGAGUUCUUCACAAAGACCACUGUUGAUCCGUACAACCAGGAGCAGACCGAGAUUCGUACCGGCCACGUUGUCGGCGCUGCCCUGCUCACUGGUCUGGUCGCCUUUGGUGCCAAGAAGUAUAUCGAUAAUAAGAAGGAAAAGCAGAGAAUGCAGAUGGGCAAUGAAAUUGGGGGAAUGGUACUUUCUACGGUGGUGACCAGAAGAACUCUCCGUAUGAUUCGCAAAUGGCUCCGCAGCAGCAGCAGGGCCCCCCUAUGGGUAACCCCUAUGGUGCUCAACAGCCCCCGGCUCCCCAGGGUAACCCCUAUGGAUCUCACAUGGCCCUCCUCCCGCAGGCAACCCCUAUGGCAACCCCUACUGAAAAAGAGACCACACUUGUGUUGACCCUUUUUCUGCCCUUUCAUAACUCUUAUUUCAAGUUAACUUUUUUAAGGCCUUUUUGUUUGUUUACUAUUUUAUUUCAAGCAACAAAUUAUUUCUGACAGCGUUUCAAAAAUCUAACCCCUUUUUUUGCAUUGACGCAUAUUGUCUAUUAUGCGCCGUUUUCUAUUUAUAGAUAUCAGAUGAGGACAGCAAAU